GCGCGCAAAAGCUCGAUUGAUGAGUGCUCAAAAGCGUCAGCUGUCAGCUGGAAAGCGGCUUAAGUCGCCAGCUUCAAACAGCCUACGUCAAGGUGAAGAACGCCAAGCUGCCUACGUCACAACUGGUUGUUUGGAAUAGGGGGGUAGGGGGGAUUUGUUAGGCACAGGCCUUAUGAGGAUAGGCCAUCCCAUGAUACUAAAACACAGAAGAUAUGAUCAUUUGGUGGACGAAAUUUGAACCAGUUCGCGCAUGACGUCAUCGCGUGACAAAAAUGUAUGGAGAUAAUAGAGAAAUUAGCUUGUUCGUUAUGAUUUGACUGGCAAAUCAGAAUUUCUCGAGAUAAUAAUUCAGAUAUUCAAAAUAAAACACGAUCCAGCGUAUAGUGUAUAAUUUAUUUUACAUAAAAUAGCUAUUUAGAAAAUGUUUUUAUCAUUGAAUUGAAUAAAUUACAAAUAUACAUAAAUAUAUCAGUUUUGGAUACAAAUUUCUACUUCUACUUAUCAUAAAUAUUAAUAACACUUUUUUUACAUUUCUUCAAAACAAUUCCUGCUGCUUAAUAAACAUUUGUAAUCAUAGUCUGGCUGAAGCACGUACAAAUUCCAGUCCCCACAGAUAGAAUUUAACAAAAAUGUGAAAAAUGUCACAGUUACAAAAUAUGUUAAAAGCAGACAACUAUAAUAAAUGAAAAUUGGAACAUCAUUACACCACACAUGGCUACUACAUACUUUUUAUGUACUUAUAUUUUUGACCAAAUCCCUUUCAUUAUUUGUUUUGUCAUAGAUGUUUCAGCUUUCGGAGAUUUAAUUUUUGAUACUGAAGUCCAGCUUCCGAUAGCGUUUUUGCACCCAUAUAUCACAAUUAUAUCUAUAACUAGGCAUGUUUUUACUUUUUUUUAUUAUUGUUACUGCUACCUGCUACAAUCCACGACCGCACAGUAAACUAUGUUUGUGCUAUAACUAUUAUUAUUAAAGAAACUCAAACACAAAUGAACAUAAUACAAUUUUAACAAGGAGAUUUUCACGUAAAAACGGACAAAAAUACUAAUGAACAGAUUAAAACGAUUAAAAACGAACAAAAACACGCCAAGACGCCAUUAAUCGGACCGAAUUUGUCACGGGAUGACGUCAGCGGAGGGAGAGAGACAGAACAUAAACAUGCGCGUGAUCUUAUCUUGUGUGUUCUAGUAUCAUGAGGCCAUCCUGUAGUAGUAGUAUGUAUCAUCCUUGGGUGGUGGUAGGUGCUUUGUUCUGUAAAUCUAACCUCAAAUUAGAAAGUAUGUGUCAUGGUCCUGUGAAAAAUAAAUACGUUCAAAUCAAAUGGAAAAUAAUUCUUUACAUGUUGUAUUGCCAUCUCCGAUCUGCCACAUUUGGAGGAGACAUUUUAACGAUAGGUUUGGAUAUGGGAAAAAUGUUAUUUCUCGAUUUAAAGGCUAGGAACUUCUUGGAAAGCAGCCUUAUUCCGGAUAGGACUGGACUAUUAAAUUGAUGGUUAGCAAAGGAUAUGUGUUGAGUAUGGUUCUGUCUAAAUUUUUAAAAUUCCAAUCAAGUAGGUAGUCUUCAUUUUCAUGUAAAAGAAGGUUAAUCUCUGUAAAAACCAUUUGUGUAUCUUUCAGUUCCCGAGUUCCCCGAUGUAGAUUACUUGCGGAACGAUGAGGAAUCUGAGGUAAAAUAUGGACAUCCUCACAGAAUAUUACAACUCCACUGUGAUGCGGCUCUUUUUGGCCGGAGGACCUAAGUUUUACUGGCAAUUAUGCAGGAUUGUUUGAAUAAAAAAUUAUAUUCAUUUUAUACCUAGGGUACCCAGCUAUAAUUUUAUUUAUUUACGACUAAUGUAUAAUAUGUAUCAUACUUGUGAAAUCUGUGCUUGUGAUUUUGGCAGUAUAAUGACAUAUCAUUGGCAUCAUAUGAAAAUUGCCUAGUCCAAUCUUUUUCAAAAUUAAGAUUUUAGUGGAGUCUUGUGAGAUACUCAAUAAUCUAUGAUCCAACAAAAUAUUUGAGCGAUAAAUUGUUAGACAUAGCCAUACAACCAUGAAAAGAAAUUUGCACAAGUUCGUCUUUGGUCUUUGUCUAGAACAGAGUGAAACUUUUGUCUGCCCAGCGGUUGUGAGUCUACGGAAGGAAUUCGGACGUAAAUGUGCGAUGUUGCCACAUUUAAUUAUAAAAAAGCAUUAAUACUAGGCAUGAAGUAUAGUUCAUGUGAAAAUCUAUUUUUUAAUAACAAAAUAUAGAUAACAAUAAUGAAACGCUAAAGAUUCUAACGUGGUUAUUAGAUCUAUUCUUAUUUUAAUAACUGAUUUCUUCAAUUUUGUCUAAUAUAAAAAAUAAACAUUUUCCAAAGAUACCAUCAGCUUUUGUCAAUUUGGCAAGCAUUCAGCCUGGAUGAACCUGAUUGGUAGAGUUUUUGGCAGAAUCGCCGUUGCCACGGGGAACCAUGCGGUUGUCAGUGGGCUAACGUCACCUUACGUCUCCCUAUUGGCUAGGGCUUCUGUCAUUGUAUCCUCCCAUCUUGGAAUAUCGAUUUAUUGAAAUAUCCAGUGGCGGGGAUUUGGUCAUUAUCAAUUUUCGUGUACGAGUUGCAAUACAAUAUAAACUUCCAAAAAGUUCCGCACGCAGCUGGGUAUUUUAUGAAUGAAAUCAGCCAUUUUUUUUACAACUGCAUUCCCCUUACCGUUGCCCCGUAGACACAGAGUCGCUGGGCAGACAUUAAGUCCAGCGAUGCAAGGAAAAAAAUUUAAUCACAAAGUUAUUUAAUACUCUAAUAUGCAUGAGUUAAAAAUAUUUUUGAAUAUACAGGGUGUUCCGUUUAUGGGGUAUGCGACAAAACUUUGUUCUUUUUUAAUGGAACACCCUGUAUAUAAUUGCAUAUUUGGAUUCUACGUAGAAUUCUGAGCAGAUUUCAUGUGAUAUACCCUUUGAAUAUAAAACUGCAGGAAGAAGCAUAUGGCCGACUAGUAUUUCCGGUUUGACAGUGGCGUAUAUUUAUUUAAAUAUGAUUGUUAAUAUUAUGACUCACUCUUUUCUCACUAAUCCCAGUGCUUAUUAUCACUUGAAAAUGCUAAAAUCCAUUAAACAUCCACUUGAAUGAGGACACAGCGAACCACCAGAACAAAUGAUGAGUCCAUACUUGGAGGCUCAAUAUGGCCGUUUCCGUCCCUGCGUUGUCUGUAGUGACAGAUAGAAAACGCUCCUUCCUGUAUUUUUAUAUUCAAAGGAUAUACCCUAUACCCAAUGAACUAUAACCAAAAACUGGAAUGCUAACACAUAAGGACGAACUUGAAGCCUAGUGCGGCUGCUGCGGAGGGGAUACCUGUUUUUGUCGCACUCAUUAUGUUAAAUGGCGAAAAUUGCUUCCAACACGUAUUCCAAUUGAUGAAACCUGUGAAGGGAAAUAUGACAAAACUUUCGAAAACGUCAUAUGUCAGCAAGCAACAGAAAAAAACAACAUUCCCCUUUGUGGCAUCUAUCUUUCAUGGCUACAUUUUUUUGGCAGAUAUGGCAAUGUGUGCGCAUUCCAGUUUUUAGCUAUAGUUCAUUGCCUAUACCUAAGUUCAACUGUUUUGGAAAUAUUGACAGUUGAAAAUUGACUACUUUUUGCAACUUUGACAGGCUGUAAAACCUAAACGGUAUUAAUUUUAGAGGAAAACCGAUUUCACAUUCCUAUCUUAGAUUUUUAUAACUAUCAUUUGACACCAACUUUGAAUUUAACCGGAGAUUAAGUUUAACUGGAAUUUUCAAUCAUAUGGAUUAAAUUCAAAGUUGGUGUUAAAUGAUAGGUUAUAAAAAUCUAAGACAGGAAUGCAAAAUCGGUUUUCGUCUAAAGUUAAUCGUUUAGGUUUUACAGCCUGUCAAUGUCCCAGAUAACACAAUGUGCGUCAAUGUGCUCGAAAAGUUCCGGCCGACUUUGGAGAAAAUAGUAUUUCAAUGGUAAUGCUUUGGAAAUAUGCUAAAAGUGCGUAUAAUAAAACAAACCAAAUCAAAAUAAGCUAGCAGCAUCGAAGAAAUGGUCCUAUUUCAACUUUUAAAUUGAAUGAUCUGUAAUGUGCAGGAGAACCACUGCAAAACCGCAUAAUUUUAGUGUGCGAAUUAGCGGUACGCUAACAGCACUUCCUGAACACUUACCAAGGUACCGAAAGAAUAGAGUCUGCUCUGAGUGCUCUACCUGCGCUGCCUGAGAGCCUGCAGUCGGCAGUGAUUGAUUAUAGGUUUAGAGAUACUCCGAUCGUGCAGGUGGUGCACCACAGAGGUGCAACCCCCACCACACAUAUCAAAUGUGGGAAGGAAAGGGAUAAAAAAGCGACAAGAAGGCAAGCAGAAGCAAGGAAGCCUGAGCCGAAGCUGCCGGCUGCCGCCAUUGCGCCAUUUUUAAUGUUUGCAUUUUUGGGCAUUUAGUUUCGUACGUGUUUGGGUUCUGUGCGUGUUUUCGGUUUCACUGGAAGAAUAAUGAGUUCCAAAGGGUAAGUGAGUGAUGAUUAUCAAAUAUUAGUUAUGGGUUAAUCCAAAUUAUUUCGUUCUGCGCUGUAUGUGGUGCUUGUAGGUGGUAAUGCAUGCGUGGUGGGUGUGUUUGUGUUUUCACUGUUUAUUUAACGAAACUCUGCAAAAUCGUAUCAAUUUUUUUAGGGCCUAUACGACAAGAAUUUAUUGCAAAAUAAGUUCACUUUAUUAGAUGAACGUUUCUCCCUUUAGGUAGGUACCCGACGAAGCUGCCAAAUUUGAAAUCUGUCAUUUCAAAUUUUCCAUCCCCAAAACGACUCCGAUAUGUAUGAAUUAAUAAGUCUUUAAUUGGGCAUCUUAUUUUCUCAUUUGAGCCACGUACCCCCUGUACUUUAAUAGUUUCCAAAAACCCCAUUAAACUCAUUUUAUUUGGUGCCCUCUGUGUCUCGUAUAGGAGAUUUUAAUUUAAGUAUGAUUUCUUUUUCAGGUAGGUACCAGGAAAAGCGAAGAAGAAUUAUUUAGAAGAAAUGAAUAUGUUUUAUUUUAUUUUUUAUUUAUGUUUCCUAUGUUUAUUUAUUAAAAGAUCAUAAUUUCAAAAUGUUUGUUUUUUAUUUGCAAUGGGCUAUCAGUGAAAUAAAAAAUGUACUCAAAAAAUACUUCAAUGAAGUACUUUAAGAGUACAAUAUAAAUUUACCAAAAAAAGAUGUUCUAGUGGUGCUUUUUCUCUGUCGGAGAAGUGCUUUUAUGUAGCAUUUCACGAAUACUUCCAACGUACGCUUGGAGCACUUAGAGCACUCCAUGUUGGAAGUGCGCAAUUGCAGUGCUUCUACGAUUGCGCCUUUUUUUUACUGGCCGGCUGGACAUCCCAGAAGCGGCUGAGUGGUUUUCACAAGUAUUGCUCAGGCACGCAAAUGUGAAAAUACAGUACAAUUGAAGUACUUUUCAUGUAGUUUUGUGUUAUCUGGGGUUGCAAAAGUCAAUUUUCAACUGUCAAUAUUUCCAAGGUAUAGGGUAUAUCACAUGAAAUCUGCUCAGAAUUUUACAUACCGUGCGUUCGGUAUUUUGCUCAAAGAGCAGAGCGUGCUGAGCGGAGCCGUAAUCACGUGACCAGUGAGCGAACAGAGCAGUUGAACGCUGUAUAAAAGUGCCAGAAAUUUUAAUAAACGAACGCAAAUGAGGCUGCACCGAGUACACUUUUUAAAUAAACGAACGGUAAAGUCAAGCUCGGAGAACUCGGACCAAAAUAACGAACGCACGGAUAGAAUCCAAAUAUGCAAACACAUACAGGGUGUUCCAUUUAAAAAAAAAAACAAUGUUCUGUAUAUAUAAAAAUAUUUGAACGAAAAUUAAGAAAAAUGUCGUAGUGUAUUAUAUCGCUAGAUUCGCUUCAAAAUACUGCAUUUAGUGAAAGUGAUAUGUUCCUAUUCUAGUUUUUGAGCUAGGGCAAAGAUACUAAAAUUAGGUAUGAAGUUUACAGCCCUGCUCUAUCAAAAAAAUUUACAAAGAUAAAAUUCAGUUUGUAUUUUUCUGAAAUUAAGUAAAGUAUGUAGAGUCAUUUUAGGAUGAUCAUGGCACUCUGGUUAAAAAAUUAAAAUUUAUUUUAAAAACAAAAUUUGGACAAAACUUGAUGCAAAAGUGGUGCAUUAGGACGUAAAACGAUCUGUAGAAUCCGAAAAACAGAAAAUCUACAGGGUGUUCCAUUUAAAAAUAAAAAGUUCCGGUCAACAAAACUUCUUAAUAAUGCAUAAAAAUGGCGUUUGGUUAGAAUAUCAACCCUACCAAGUUUCGUUGAUAUCGAUAGAUAAAUAAAAAAAAAGGCAGCCGGAAAGUGAUCUUGUGGGCACCCGGUAUAUGUAAGUAAUAUUAAAUUAGUCGAUUCUGUGACCUGAAAGAAAAAAUCUAAAUUAUUGUUAAUCAGGUCCUGUCUCGUAUCCCAAAAUGGCCGCUAGUGACAUCCCGACCAUGAAUUCCAUUACACGGGCUGUCACUCGAGUUAGCCUGCUGAUUGUUUUUGGUGUGAUAGCAUUUUCAUGUCAUAACGAAGUCGUACUGCUACUGAUCAAACAGCCUACGUCAAGGCGAGAAAUAAUAUGCUGCUUACGUCACAACUGGUAUUUUGGCGCGGGGGGGAUUUGUUACACAUAGGCCUAAUGAGGAUAGGCCAUGCUGUACUGUACCUUUUUUCCAGCAAAACCAAAACGCUGUUGAAAUCGGAACGGUAAAUGACAGUAAAAUUAAUCAGCACAGUCAAGCUACAUCCUCAAUCAAUCCUGGUAGCGAAGUGGCACUUCGGCUUCGGCACGCGUGCUGGGAAUUUGAUACCCAUCCUCAAUGCUAAAUUGUAUUUUAUUAUUAUUUACCGUACUGCGCAUGACACAAGUUGACACGCAUUGAGAAAGCUUGUAAGCUAGCACUUAGCACUUCAGUCGACGUGCAUGCUAGCACGGAAUUGAAUUGAGGAUGCCAACGUUAACUAACAUUGGACUAGCAUGUGUGCACAAGUGCUACUUCGCUACCAGAUUGGCUGAAUUCGGCUUUGCACUCCACGGAGCGAAACGGUAUAAGCAUGGAUAUCGUGACGUCAUACGCAGAGUGCCCCUGAUCGAGGUCCAUAAUAAGCCGAAUGAGGAUCGAAAAAAAAUCCUGAAACCUUUGUCACAGUUGUAACUCAUCUCAAAAAAAUUCUUUUGUGACCAAAUUAAAGUAGAAGAGAAAUCUCGGAAAAAAAAACCGGAAACACAAACAAAAUUAAUUUUUUUUAACAAUAUUUUAGGUCAUAAUUUCUCAAAAGUGACAGUUGAUAACUAUAUUAGUUAUAACCGAAUUUUCGCGACGAACUAACUUCCUACUUCCAUGAUUUCAUGAACACAGAUUCUUUCGCGAGAAACUCAUGACGUCAUAUUGAACGUAAUUCGCCGGCGAAGCAUGGACGCAACUUCUAGCCAGCGUUCAAACUCAUGACGUCACAAGACGAACUAUGGUUUGUCUUUGGGUGAACUGCAUUCGUCGCAAAAAUUCGCAUUAUUAUUUCUCUGUUUCUCCAUCCAUCCAUCCAGGGAAAAGCAAGCGACCUCAGGUACGGGCUCGAUUAUAACCCGAACGCAAAAGAGAACACUCCGAGUGCUAAAACGAACAGGAUCUUAUCGUUUCGAGUGCGCUCAGAGUUUACAGACAGUGCGUUCGGUAUUAUGAUCUGAGUUCUCCGAGCUUGAAUUUACCGUUCGUGCUCGGUGCAGGCUCAUUCACAUUUGUUUAUUUAAAUGUCUCUGAUAACUGCGUGUAUUUGCUCUUUGCGCUCAGUGGUCACGUGACUACUGCACCGCUCAGGGGCGUCGCGUCGGGGGCGGGGGGGGGUACUGGGGGUAAUUACUCCCCCCCAGGAUCGAAUUAUCAAGAGAAAAAUCACGAUGCCAAAAAGAAAAUACAUAAUAUAUUGAAGAAAAAACAUUUUUGUUUUGUUUUAUGUUUUUCACAAAUGAAAUAAUUGUUCUGGAAAAGUGAAUGACCUUCAAAUUUGCGAAAAAAUUCGCCUGCGGCGCGUUUCUCGAAGGCGCCCCCCGUACCAUUUACCCCACCAGACUACUGGUCACGCGUCGCCACUGGCACCGCUUCAGCACGCUCUGCUCAUUGAGCAAAAUACCGAACGCAAACCUCCAACGCGUCAAAAAUAAAGGACUGCAGCCACGUAACACGUUACAUUCAGUGAAAGUUUUCGCAUUGAGGCGGUUACAGACGGACGUGGAUGUCUGAAACCAUGUACGCACAUACAUGAACGCGCGAACAAAAACAUCAAUGUGUAUGCAAAAUACCGUCGCGUUUUUGAAUGUGGAAUCGCUAGAAAUUUUGUAUGCACACUCGGAUUACUGUAGCAAGAAUAGCAAGACUGCAGUUUUGUGCGAGCGUCUGUACAAACGCGACAUGCACGUUGUUGUUUGCACUUUGCACGUUGAUGUAUGCACGUAUAUGUAUCAAGCCAUCCACGUCCGUGUGUAACCGCCUUUGGGCAGAUUAUUUGUUAAUUUACUCAAAACUGUCAACUGAACAUCAGUGCAACAAUUGCGAUUGGUUGGGCUUCUGCUUAUGCAGUUAUGAAUUACUUGAAUUGAAUUAGGCAUAUGAAGAAUGUACAAUCAACGGUACAAUGUAGAAUCAGAACCGUUAUUAGAUCCUAUAACAUUGUGUUCCUGAUAAAUCAAGAUUUUCAAUAUCAAACAAGAAUUAAGACUGAAGAAGGCAGGAUGAGUGGCGAUACAAGUGAUUUGAAAAUUUUUGUAGGCUCAAGAAAAAGUGAGCUUGCUGUAAUUCAAACCAAACAUGUAAUAUCUUUAUUGAAGCAAGCCCAUCCUGAAAUAGAAUUUGAAAUUGUGACCAUGACAACACUAGGAGAUCAAAUCUUAGACGUACCAUUACCAAAGAUAGGAGAAAAAUCAUUAUUUACAAAAGAAUUGGAAACUGCCCUUGCCACAGGUCAUGUGGACUUCAUUGUUCACUCUCUCAAAGACUUGCCCACCAGUUUACCUGAUGGUAUGGCCAUUGGAGCUGUGCUUAGUAGAGAAAAUCCUCGCGAUGCUUUAGUCCUUCAAAAAGACAUUAAAAAACAUACUCUCUCAACUCUACCUAAAGGCAGUGUUAUUGGCACAUCAAGUUUAAGAAGAACGGCGCAACUGGCAAAGAAAUUUCCCCAUUUAAAAGUGGAAAACAUUAGAGGCAAUUUGAAUACUAGAUUGAAAAAAUUAGACGAUUUGGGCAAAUAUCAAGCAAUUAUAUUGGCAGCAGCUGGUUUGAUACGGAUUGGGUGGCGAAAUAGAAUAUCUAAGUUCCUUGAUGUAAACGAAUUCCUAUAUGCAGUGGGCCAAGGAGCGAUAGCUGUAGAAUGUCGAGCAAAUGAUGAGAGAAUCAUAAAACUUCUGGAACCUUUGUAUGACCUCCAAACUGCUUUGAGAGUGAUUGCAGAACGAAGUUUCUUGAAGACUUUAGGCGGAGGCUGUAGUGCUCCUGUAGCUGUGAUUUCAGAUGUGAAACUUGUCAAAGAAAAGGAGGUAGAAGUAAUUCUAAAGGGCGCUGUGUGGUCUUUGGAUGGUAAAGACGAAAUUAUUGAUGAGGAAAUGACCAUUUUGGAGGUGUUGAAUAAUAUAAGAUGCGCUGAAUGUCCUUAUAGUACUAAUGGUGUGGUAGCUGUAGAAGAUAUAGAAUGUUGUGGAGUAUGUCCCAUGAAUGGUCCAAGUGAAAGUAAUCCCAAAAAGAAGAAGCUUGAUAUUCCUAGUGAAAUUUUGGAAAACGAUCCGCAUGAAAAAUGUCCUGUGCCAAUGCCAAUUGGUUCAGAUUUCAUGGGACAAUGUCCUUAUUUGGAAGGUGAUUUACAGGAUAUCCAUGGGAAACUUCCAAUAAAUGGACCAAUAGAAGCGCUUAAAGAUGGUGCCAAUAUGUGUCCGUUUUUGAAAAUACAAAAAGCAGUUAUAAAUUCAGCAGAGGCACGGGAAUCAACCACUAACCCUCUUCAAAAGACUGAUGAAGACGAAGCUAAUUUGUUUGUUGGUUUAGUUCCUCAUAAGGGCAUCACUGAGGAAAAUAUGGAAAAAGCAAGAUUUUUAGGGAAAAGAUUGGCCCAAAAGUUGGCUGAUAAAGGAGCCCUUGAAGUAAUGGCUAAAGCUCAAGCGAUUGUACAUGGACAAGUUACAAAGGGAGCGGUUGGCACUAGUUGAAGGGUAGUUUGGAAAUUAGAUAAAUGGGUAUUCCCUAGUAUUGGUGCUAGUGGAAAAUAUUUUAAGCUUAUGGGAGUUUAUUAUGUUUAAGUGAAUAUUUCGUUUUAAAUAUUUAUUAAUUAUAAUCAAUUUGAUAGUUUUUAUAGAAGCAUGGAAAUUGACUGGGAAAUUAAAUUUAAGGUAGAUGUUGAGAUGUUGAUUUUUUCAGGUCUAGCAAAUCUUUAUAUUACUUGAUAUUUGAUUAUACAUUUUUUCAUGACAUUAUUUUAAAUUUGAGCAAUAUUUGCAGUUAUAUUUAUUAUUGUUGAAAAAUAUGAGAAGGUACCAAAUUUUACUUUCUACAGUAUUUUUAUGUUUUUUUUUUUGUAUGGUUUAAAGUUGAUUAUGUAUUUAAAAGAUCCUUUUUAUUAAGUAGGUACCUACUGGACUUUUUUUUCUUUUUAAUGUUGGCUCUUAUGGUUAUGGUACCUAAUUGUAUGUGUAUUUUAUUUACAAAAUGUGAUGUUUUUCAAUAAAUUUAUUGGUUGUUGA